AUGCAAGAGGCAGUGCGAUGGCGCGCAUUCGAGUUGCUAAAGUUGGUCGCAAAUCUUUUAAUAGCCGCAGAGAUUUUUACAGCUUUGGCUGACUUAAUUACUGAAUUUUUGGAAAUCAUCUCUCACACAAUAUUAUUUAAUUUUGGUGGCUAUCCAGCAGAGACAUUCAGUACGACUAGCUAUCAGUCCAUACUAAUUCAUAGGUGCAAAGUAAAAGAGAUAACAGAUUAUGUUGAUGCUACUUUGCGAACGGUUCAUCGAUGGAUUAAGUGCCGUAAACUGUGCUAUUUUGCUGCUUGUAUUAUUGACAAGGAUGAUAACAUAGUGCUAGAAGCCAUGAUAAAUAUCAUAGAUGUACACCACCCACAUCUCACAUCUCAUAAAUUAUUUGAACAAGAUGCUGUAGAUUUGAAACGCCAGUUCCAGCAGACAAUUUUUAUGUUACAAAGAGAAGCGUACAUUGAGAACUUGGAAUGUGAUUCUCUUAACAAAGGUAAAUUUAAAUGGGAGAAGUGUGAUCAACGUAAUCCAUCUGACCUCCGACCAUGUGGCAAUCGAAUUGACAACAAAUUGAUUGAGGUAUGAGA